CAUCCUUGCUACACUUCCCCUGCACUUCUUCCCACAACCCUCUCUAUCGUUCUCUUCCUGUCUAUCUUACACCAGUAGCCAGAUCCUUAACCAUUUCUUACAGUCGAAAGGUCCCUCCCUUUUCUCCAUUCUAAGCAACGCUCCAUAAUUAAAUAACCACAAUUGAAAACCCCCAAUACCCAACUCCCUUGUUAAACACAAUGUCCUCACCUGAUUCAUUCUGGCCUCCGGGGUGGGAUCGCGAGCGACUACUCAAUGCCACAUCAGCCGAACUACUCACUCUUCCCGACGAGCAGCGCUUCGGCAUGUUUGACGGCAUCCGCGCUACUCUCGGGGAAGAAGGUCUCCAAGAAACACGGCAAGAAAUGAGUCGACGAUAUAGAGCACGUCUUGCUGCUGCUGCUUCUGCCGAGUCUACUGCCCAACAACAACCUCAGCAACAAGAAGUGCCACAAGUCCCAAUGACGGACGAAGAAAAGCGACUAGCGCAGGAACUAACCGCUCCGUAUAUCAAUGUUCUCGACAAAUUGUUCCAGGGAAACCCGUGGGAAGAAUGGGGGUUUGUCGUGUUUCAAUGUACGGGAUACGCCAAAGAGCAGCAGCAACGUUGGACGGCAUUUAGACAGCGCUGGGACGAAAUCAUUAAUGAAGAGACCUCACGGCAUCGAGGCACCUCUCCUCGUGUAGAUGAAGCCGUUCGAUUGAUUCGAUUUCAGUGGGUGUCGGAUCCAUCCUUGGACGGUGCGUCCAUGGGUCAAGUCGCAGAACGCUACAAGAACAUGCAUCUCCCCCGCGGCUUAAACAACUCCAUCUGUCUAGCUGUGACUCCUGCAUCAUUAGACUCGGUACUCACGUCACCGCUGCCAUCAUCCGCGCCACGCUCCAAACGGGCCAAGAUCCCCUACGUCGUAGCCGUAUCCAAAGAAUGCAUUGACCCGCCAACUCACCAAGAAGAGGAAGAAGAAGAAGAAGAAGAAGACAUUGCAGGACAAGACUUUAAAGGCUACUUCAAGGUAGCAGUCGAGUCUCUCCUUCAAGAGCUUUUCCCGAUCGUGGCGCUGGAUAUUACGGACCUGUACAAGCUCGCGGCAAGGUUGCGAAGCGAUGACGAUAUUUGGUGCUCGCAUGAUAGACGGGGAGUGCAUAGAGUGUCUAGUGUUUAGUUGAUUAACUUGACUUGUCUUAGCAUUGUCAUUUUUAAAAUUGCUGAUCUAGGGGUUGGAUUGUCGUUGCUGAUACUCUGUAUUGUCGGCGACUCGGCAUACAUGAUUUGCUUGAGAGGUUCUAUUCCAAAGAAGUCAUGAUAUAUUUCUUUUUUUUUAUAUAUUUGCUGUAUUUCACGCAAUGCAUUUAUCGUGCAAAAAAUUACUGAUACACAAUAGAUAAUGACAUAUAUGACUACU